GGCUCAUUUGAUUGACAGUAGGGUGCGCGCCGGGGACGCCAGGACCAGAGACUUGCAUAGCCGAUCCACAUCUCGCUUUUUCUAGAGAAAACGUGAGAGUAAACCCCGGAUUACUUGUCAGAGGUAAUACAUCGGAACGCUGUUAUGGAAGCGCUGGUCGAGCGUCUGGAGAAGGCAGUGGUUCGUCUGGAGGCAGUGGCUGGUAAACUACAGUUUGGUCCAGGGGGCAUGGCCAACGGUGACAUCACAUGUCACAUGAUCAACGGAGGUGAAUCCCAGAGCAUGGAGGCGUUCGACCUUUUGCUGAGCGGUUCCGUGUGUGAAUAUGUGAAGACCAGCAGAGCUAUUGGUGGAGACGUGGCGAAGCAUGCAGAGAUGGUGAACAACGCCCUGCAGAUCCAGCGCUCCUUCCUCCAAAUGUCCAUGACACACCGAGAGCCAGUGAAGACCGAGCUGGCCGACCUCCUCCGACCUCUCUCCGACCAGAUCCACGAGGUCCAGAGCUUCCGGGAGAAGAACCGUGGCAGUGACCUGUUCAACCACCUCUCAGCCGUGAGCGAGAGCAUCCCCGCACUGGGCUGGGUGGCUGUGGGUCAGAAACCAGGGCCGUACGUGAAGGAGAUGAACGACGCCGCAAUGUUCUACACCAACAGAGUCCUGAAAGAUUACAAAGACACUGACGGCCGUCAUAUCGAGUGGGUGCGCUCCUAUCUGAGCAUCUGGACUGAACUGCAGUCCUACAUCAAGGAGCAUCACACCACUGGCCUCGUGUGGAGCAAGACCGGUCCUGUAGCCCCUUCCUCACAGUUCAGUGCUCCGUCUGAUGGUCCUCCUCCUCCUCCUCCUCCUCCUCCUCCUCCUCUUCCUCCAGUGUUCACGGAUAAUAAACCCAGUGACGCCGCAGCUCAACACUUGGCUCUGUUCGCACAGCUCAACCAGGGCCAGGACAUCACUAAAGGUUUGAAGCAUGUGUCUGACGAGCAGAAGACGCAUAAGAACGCUAGCCUGCGCUGUGCGGGAAUUCGGGUUCAGCAGGAGUGUCCGGCCCGGAGUCAGACUCAGAGACACACCCCGGUGCUGGAGCUGGAGGGGAAAAAGUGGAGGGUGGAGCACCAGGAUCAGUCACAUGACCUGCUGAUAGCGGAGACCGAGCUCAGACAGGUGGUCUAUGUCUUCAGCUGUAACCGCUCCACACUGCAGAUCAGAGGGAAAGUCAACUCCAUCAUAGUGGAUAACUGUAAGAAGCUCGGGCUCGUGUUCGACAGUGCGGUGGGCAUCGUGGAGAUCAUCAACUCCUCAGACGUUCAGCUUCAGGUGACAGGAAAAGUUCCUACAAUCUCCAUUAACAAGACCGAGGGCUGCCACGUGUACCUGAGCCGAGACUCGCUGGACUGUGAGAUCGUCAGUGCCAAGAGCUCAGAGAUGAACAUCCUGGUCCCUGAGGGAGAAGAUGAUUAUAGGGAGUUUCCAGUUCCAGAGCAGUUUAAGACGGUGUGGGACGGGUCCGGUCUGGUGACUGAGCCCACGAAGAUCGCUGGCUGAUUCUUUCCCAACUCGUCAUCUCGUUCCUAGUACCCAGAAUCCUUCAUGCACUUUCACUGUAUCACUAUGUGAACUCAAACGUAUAAGAAUUCAUACAUUGUGGUCGUGUGAGUUGUAGUUUUAGGGUAAAAUAUUUCAAAUUAAUUAAUAAAUAUGAGUACCCACACCAA